AUGGUGUACGCCCGGGCCGUCGCGGCGACGACGACGGAGCGCUCGCUCUUCGCGCCGGCCUCCUCGCGCCCGGCGGUCUCCCGCAACUACUCGGAGGCGGAGAACGGCACGGCGGCCGAGUCCGGCCCGGAGGGGCUGACGACGGGCGAGGCGGCCGCCUUGGCCCUGGCUUUCGGGGCCCUGUGGCUGGCGUCGGUGGCGGGCAACGCGCUGGUCUGCCUGGUGAUCCGCCGCAGCCGCCGCGCGCAGUCCACCACCAACUACUUCGUGGUGGCCGUGGCCCUCGCCGACCUGCUCUUGAGCGUGGGCGGCGCGCCCGCCGUCUUGGCGCAGGUGGCCUGGGGGCGCUGGCCCCUGAGCGCGGCGGCCUGCGCGGCGGUCCGCUACGUGCAGCACCUGUGUCCCGGCGUGCAGGCCUACGUCCUGCUGUCCGUCUCGGUGGACCGCUUUUACACCAUCGUGCACCCGCUCAGCUUCAGGGUGUCUCGCGAGAAGGCCAAGAAGAUGAUCCUGGCCUCCUGCGCUCUGGACGCCGCCCUGGUGGCGCCCUGCCUCUACUUUUACGGCGCGGCGCCCGUCGACGGCCGCCACUGCCGCUUCUUCCUGCCCGAGGGCCUCGGCGGCGUCUCCUACGCCGCCGCGCACCUCCUGCUGGGCUUCGCUCUCCCGGCGGGCCUGGUGGCGUCCUUCUACGGCCGGGUGGUCCGCCACAUCUGGAGGACGGGCGCCGACGGCCGCGCGGUGCGCCGCACCACCAACGCUGUUCCUCGCGCCAAGGUCAAGACCGUCAAGAUGUUCCUGGUGCUCAACUGGCUCUUCUUCUUGACGUGGACGCCCUUUUACCUGGCGCAACUGUGGCACCCCCGCGAGGAGCAGUGGGAGGCGGGCGGGCGGCGGCGGGGGCUCCUCUUCUUCGCCGCCGUCAGCUGGAUCGCCUUCAGCUCGGCCGCCUCCAAGCCCACCUUGUACUCGAUCUAUAACGCCAACUUCCGCCGCGGCGUGCGCGAAACUUUCUGCGCGUCCUCCGUCAAGUGUUACCGUAGCAACGCCUACACCGUCACCGCCAGCUCGCGAUUGGCCAAGAAGAACUACGUGGGCGUGGCCGAGCUCGCCGCCGAGGACUUUCCGUCCUCGGAGCGCGACGCCAAAGGCCGGACCAGAUUGGCCUGGACCGCCGCCCGCAACACCUUUGUGUAG